AGCACUACCACCCACUUCCGAGCUCGAGUGAGUCGGAGACAGACAGAGCUCACACAACACACACCUCCCUCCCUCCGGCGUGACCGCUCUCUCGCUCACCACAGACUCUCCACCGAUUCACCACCGGCUGCCUCAUCUAGGCAUGGCAGACGGCUUUACCCCAUCAUGGCAGUGCUACAUUACACCCUUGACUUCAAGCUCCGUGCGCCAGGUAAAUCUGAUGUCUCUGCGACUGUGCGUGGCCUGCAGUCUAUAUUUCAAGAGCAGGAAAUGACAGAGAACGUCCACGACUCAGAGGGACACGGAUAUCUGGCAACCUUUGUCGGCAAGAAUGGCAGGUUUGCCAUCUUACGAAUGCACUCCCAUGGUCUGGUGACCUUUGACCUGCAGUGUUUUGAAGGGGAUGAUGUAUCGCAAGUAGACAAUCUACUGAAUGCACUGGAGAAGAAAUUAAAAGCUCUCCUGGAUGGAAAUAUCCAAAGGAUCAAGAGACUCCCUGCGCUGGUUCGAGGCAGUGAUGUGGACCGAUACUGGCCCACGGCUGAUGGCAGGCUGAUGGAAUAUGAUAUUGAUGAAGUUGUGUACGAGAAGGACUCCGCCUACCAGAACAUCAAAAUUCUGCACUCGCGGCAGUUUGGCAAUAUACUCAUCCUUAAUGGGGAUGUCAAUCUGGCAGAAAGUGAUCUGCCCUACACUCAGGCCAUUAUGGGCAGCGGCAAAGAGCACUAUGCUGGAAAGGAGGUACUAAUUCUGGGAGGAGGAGACGGUGGAAUCCUCCAUGAGGCGGUGAAGCUCAAACCAAAGAUGAUCACCAUGGUUGAGAUUGACGAGCUGGUCAUUGAUGGAUGUCGGAAACACAUGAGGAAGACAUGUGGGAACGUUUUAGAUAACUUGAAGGGAGAUUGUUAUGAGGUUUUGGUUCAAGAUUGCGUUCCCGUUCUUAAAAAGUUUGCCGAGCAAGGGAGGACGUUUGAUUACGUCAUAAAUGACUUGACAGCUGUCCCUAUUUCCACAGCACCUGAGGAAGAUUCAACAUGGGAAUUCCUGAGACUCAUCCUUGACCUCUCCAUUAGAGUUCUGCGGCCUGGUGGAAAGUACUUCACACAGGGUAAUUGUGUGAAUCUGACUGAUGCGCUCAGUGAAUAUGAAAAGCUUUUGGGGAGACUUUCAUGCAAAGUGGAUUUUUCCAAAGAGGUGGUGUGUGUUCCCUCAUAUAUGGAGCUAUGGGUGUUUUACACCAUCUGGAAGAAGUAAUGUCUCUUCCUCCUUCACUCUCUCCUCCAAGUCCUGCCGGAAUGUGAAGAUUUCCCCCUCACCCUCUGAUGCACUGAGGGGAGACGUGCACAUAUCUCUCCAAGCACUGUUUCUGUUUCUACUGUCCCUUCACGUCCAAAAAAUUAACAGCCUGCCUUGUUUUGACAUGGCUAUUUGCAUUUUUGUGUUUUAAAUUUCACAGAGCUCCUUGUUUUGUUUGUUUGCCAGUGUUGGUUUGAUGUUGUUUGCGUGGAGUCCUCCAGGUAGCGCUGUG